AUGAGUAUUCUCAGUCUUGUAGAGGAUAGGCCAACGCCAAAAUGCGUAUACAAUUUCCGAGUGUAUACAUGUGCGGCAGUAGCGGCAUUCUGUGCCGUGAUGAUUGGUUACGACAGUGCCUUCAUCGGUGGCACUCUCGCCCUCGACAGUUUCAAGAAAGAGUUCGACUGGGAACAGUAUUCCACGCACGAACAAAAUCUCAUUUCAGAAAAUAUCGUUUCGCUGUACCAAGCAGGUGCUUUCUUUGGAGCUUUCUUCGCCUAUGCUGCUGGUGACUACCUAGGACGAAAGAAGGGUCUUCAAAUUUUCGCUGGCAUCAUCUUCAUCCUUGGAGCUGGUCUCAUGCUUGGUGCCAAUAAAUCGAGAGGUCUUGGACUCAUCUACGGUGGUCGUGUGUUGGCGGGGAUUGGAGUUGGAGGUGCUUCGAAUUUGACACCAAUUUAUAUCUCGGAACUAUUACCACCUGCUAUUCGUGGACGGUUGGUUGGCCUAUAUGAAAUGGGCUGGCAGAUUGGAGGCGUGGUUGGCUUCUGGAUAAACUAUGGAAUCUCUGUGACCCUACCAGUGAACCACGAGCAAUGGAUAAUCCCCUUCGCCGUUCAAUUGAUUCCAGCGGGAUUGAUGUUUGUUGGUCUCUUUUUCAUCACAGAGUCACCCCGAUGGAUGAUGACACGAAAUCAACGCAUCAAAGCGCUCAACAAUCUUUGCUGGCUCCGAAAACUACCUUCGGAUCAUAUGUAUGUGCUUGAAGAGGUUUCAGCAAUCGAUGCUGCACUUGAGCAUCAGCAGUCGACAGUUGGGCUUGGCUUCUGGCAGCCAUUCAAAGCACUGGUCAAUGACAGCAAGGUUUCUUAUCGAUUUUUUCUCGGAUGCUCGCUGUUUUUCUGGUAG